UAUGGGAGGGGAAGUGGGCGGAGCUUGUGGAGAACUUUGUCCUAGUUCUGAAAAACAAGUGGGGUAUAAAUAGGACGAGGUUGAGGCGUGUUUUUAUUGAUCUCAGACGACUGGAGAGAAAAUCUGCACUGACCGAAGACUUCUGGAGAAAAAAACAACACACGGAGUGUGUGUUGGUGGGGAGGAGCGAUGUGGAGGUCUCUCGGCCUCGCCCUGCUGGCCGCCCUGCUGGUGGGCUGUAGGGCUGAGAGUGAGACGGACGGAGCGAGAUGUAAACCCGCGGCCGUGUGGAAGAUCGGCGAUGUGGAGCCGCUGAAGGACAGCCUGGGCCGAGUGACCGUGGUGGCCUUCCUCCAGGCCAGCUGAUUGUUCUGCUUGUCGCAGGCAGCCAGACUGGACGAGCUGCGCCAGAAGCUGCAGGAUGCAGGCUUCGUAAACAUCACGUACAUGGUGGUGAACAGCCAGGAUGAAAACUCACUCCGUCUUCACAGUCUGCUGGAGAAGAAACUCUCAGAUAACAUUGCUCUGUACAAGCAGAACCCUGAAGAUCCUGACGUGUGGAGCAUAGCCAAGGUUGAGAAGGAUGACUUCCAGAUCUAUGACAGAUGUGGACAUCUCACACAUCACCUGUCUCUGCCGUAUACGAUCCUGAGCCAGCCGCAUGUGGAGGACGCCAUCAGAAACACCUACUGCACCGCCGUGUGUGGAGACUGCCAGCAGGAGCACUCUGAUGACCUGGAGGCAUGUAACAGGACCAAGGAGGAGAAAACAGAGGAGGAAACACCAAAAACAGAAGAAGAGGAUCACCAUCAUCAUCACCACCAUGGUGGUCAUCACCAUGGUGGUCAUCACCACGGACAUCAUCACCACGGACAUCAUCACCAUGGUGGUCAUCACCAUGGACAUCAUCACCAUGGAGGUCAUCACCAUGGCCACCAUCCCCAUGGAGGUCAUCACCAUGGCCACCAACCCCAUGAUGGUGGAGAGAGGCAUAGUCACAGUGGCUCAGACCACCAACAUGGCCAUGAGGGCCAAGUCAUUGUAGGGCAGGUCCAAAGAGGCUCCGUAGAUCUGGGCGAGGUUCAGAGGAGGCAGUUUGAUUUGGGACAGGCCCAUGUGGGGCAGAUAGAUUUGGGACAGGUCGGAAUUAGACAGGUAGACCUGGAACAUGUAGCUGAUGAUGUAGGGAACCAGCAGGUGAUGCGGCAUCCCUGAGCCUCCAGGUGAAAAUUCCCAUUCACGUGUCAGCAGGGGGCGCUCUCCGACCCCUCCAGCUGAUGCUGACACUGACGGCGUCUGAUUGGCCAGCAUGUUAAUGAGAGGCCAAUCUGACGCUGCGAUGAGCCGCUGGCCGCUCCCUGUCUCUGACACGGGCACACAGCGGACCAAAACAACAUCAGGGAAACCUGACAGUGACGUCCCGCCCACUCUGGUGACUGACAGCCGGCUCAGCCAGUCUGAGCCUGACCUGCAGGGAUAAGCCAAUGAGAAUGACAGGUGAUAUAAGCAGGGACAAGAACUUAGACUAAUGACACACUGGCAACUUUUCUCAAUCUGGAAGCAUUAGAUCAUCAGCGCCCUCUGGUGGGCAAAUCUGACCAGCUGGAGACCAGAAUUCCAUCCCACAUUCCGAUGUUGAUCAGUUUGUGCUGUUAAGUGACAGUUUUAGGUAUAAUUACUAUCGUUUAAUACAACAUCAAUUAGCUGACAUGCUAACUGAACUACAUGUCAACUUGCAGAUGGUCGCUAAUUAGCAAGUUAGCCCUCUCUGGCCCACAAUUUUAUUAGCAACUAAUAAAAAUGAUUAGCAUCUCAAGCUGCGUCAGAAAGUUGCCAGUGUGUCGAGGUAUCACCUGGACCCUGACAGGAACUCACCAACAAGUAUUGACACCUCAGUCUGUCCCAGGAAUGAACCAUCACCUCUGACGCUAAUGAGUGAUCCUCAGUCCUCAUCCUAAACACUAAACUAAUAACGGUUCAUUUUCCGCAGUUAAAAAAAAGGCGAAUGCAUGAGAAGCUGCUAGCGUAAAUAAUAACUAGCAAAAGCUACGCUUCUCUGUUUCUAACCCACAGUUUUCAUCAAUUCUACAAGAUGUGAAGAGUUUAGGCUUGUUAACAGAUUAUAACUGGUGUAUUACACCCCCCAACUGCCCCCCCCCCCCCUAACUGGGUUUGAUGAUGUCAUAUGUGUGACAUCACACACAGGUGAGUUUCCCCACACAGAUAGCUCGGUAUAUCCCAUAAAUAAGGUAACUUCCUGAAUCCUUGUAGACGUUCUAAUCCCGAGGUGUUGGUCCAUGCUGGUGGCGAUCUGAGCGGCCAUGUUGGCGUGGUUCCUCCUCCGCCGCGACUCUCCGUGGCUUUAAUGAUGUCAGAUGCAGAAACUACACAGUAGUGGCGUCUGCCUGAUCCUCAGCCAAUCAGAGAGAGCGAGGAACAUCGCACAACAUGACACACUGGAAAUGUAGAAGAUUUAGGAGUGUGUAUUAGCAUCGUGUUAACCCCUUCACACCCAGCAGCUGUUAGCAUGCAAUUCUGCCAGAACUGAAGGGAAAGUCCACGGACUGGACGUGCGCCACUAAGGAGAGUGCAAAAAAAAACCCAGUUCUUUAUAAAAAUAACAACAGAUUAUGAUUAGCGUGGUAUAACACUACUGUAAAUAAUUAGCAUUAGAUAACGCGUCCAUGGCUAGCUAGCUACAUGCUGGUGAUUAGCACUGGGUCUGAAGGGGUUAAACGUCACAAAUCUCUGCUAUGUGCUAGUUAAUAUAACACAGAAAGCUAAGCUUAAUGAGAAUAUCUGCAGUAUCUACAACACACACACACACACAUAUUAUCGAGGGAUGUGUGAGACAUUUUGAAUACUACAUGAAGGUUUUCUGGGAAAGUUCAUUAAACCAGAGAACCUGAUGCCGUGUAGGAGAAAUGUUCGCACUCACACUGAUGGAGAAAGAAGUGUGUGUGUGUGUGUGUGUGUGUGUGUGUGUGUGUUUUCACUUUAAAAAUGAUUACAGUUGUAGUUAAGUUGUGUUAAACCUUCACAAAUAAACAAUAUUUUCAUGAA